UCUCUAGAGUAACCUCGAACUUUAUCCGGAAUGGCUUUUUAAAGUCGACAAUUCUACCCGGAAUAAUCCGAAAACCAUAAGCUUAAUCUCGCAGAUUGUUAAUUCUACACUUUACUAUAUCCAAUCAUGUCGAUCAUUCCAAGUUUCUUCGGCCGCCGAUCCAACGUUUUCGACCCGUUUUCCCUCGACGUCUGGGACCCCUUCGACGGGUUUCCUAUCGGCAACUUCCGGCCACUCUCCGAGCAGUUCCGCUCCACCGAGACGUCGUCGUUCGCGCAGGCGAGCAUCGACUGGAAGGAGACUCCGAGCGCGCACGUGUUCAAGGCGGACGUGCCGGGGCUCCGGAAGGAGGAGGUGAAGGUGGAGGUGGAGGACGACCGGAUCCUCCAGAUCAGCGGCGAGCGGAGGCGGGAGAUGGAGGAGAAGGGGGACACGUGGCACCGCGUGGAGCGGAGCUCCGGGAAGUUCGUCAGGAGGUUCCGGCUGCCGGAGAAUGCUAAGGUGGAUCAAGUGAAGGCUAGCAUGGACGACGGCGUUUUGACCGUAACAGUUCCAAAGGAGGAGGAGGAGAAGAAGCAGCAGCGUGAUGUGAAAUCCAUCGACAUUUCCGGCUAAUUUCCGACGUUUGACUGCCUUUGCACAAUGUUUCAGUGUUAAUAAGGUUUUAAAAAGAAAACGAUGACGGUUUGGUUUUCUGGUUGAGUGGUUGUGUCGUUUCUACUGUACUGGGAAGAGUUUCUUCAGCGGUGGUGUUUGAAGUUCAAUCGGACUUCUUGUAAAUGUUUGUCUUUAAUGUUGGCAAUAUAAUAUAAUCAGCGUUCUCCGAAAA